GGUGGGCACAGGAGCUCGCCUGGUGCCCGCCAGCCGUGCCCCUGCAAGCGAGCGAGCCCGCCAGCCCUCCCGAUGCCCUUGCCGAGCUCCUCCUCCUGCAGGUGCGUACAGUGCUGCCCGGUCUGUGCUGCCGCCGCUGCGCACUUGAGGGAAGGGGCCCGGGCCGCCGCUGCCGCCGCCUGCGGGGAGGAGGCAGAGGAGAAGCUCCUCCUGCCCAGCCGCUGCCAGCCCCUCAGUCCCGCUGUGCUGGCGCGGUGCGGGCAGCCCGGCCGGUGCGGUUCCUUCGCUUCGCCUGGCUCCCAAAGGCACCGAGACAGCGGAGAGACUCCCGGCCGCCCGGCGCGUGAGAGACAGCACCCGGCCGAGGCUGGUGCAGAGCCGCAGCCGCUUUGUGUCGCCCGGGGAGCUGUAAUGUUUUCUUCUUCCUCCACAAGAUUUUAAGUAUUGAGAUUCUGAAGAACAAACGUGAAGGAUGCCAUCUGAGAGGUGCCUCAGUAUUCAAGAAAUGCUGACAGGUCAGAGGCUUUGCCAAUCCAGUUCACAUAAUGAUGCUGUCUUGGCGGCCCUGAACCAACAAAGAAGUGAUGGUAUACUGUGUGACAUCACCCUCAUUGCAGAAGACCAGAAAUUCCAUGCACAUAAGGCAGUACUUGCAGCAUGCAGUGAUUAUUUCCGAGCAAUGUUCAGUCUCUGUAUGGUUGAGAGUGGAGCUGAUGAAGUGAAUUUGCAUGGUGUCACAAGCCUAGGUUUAAAGCAGGCCCUGGACUUUGCAUACACUGGACAGAUUCUGUUGGAGCCAGGAGUAAUCCAGGAUGUGCUAGCAGCUGGUAGUCACCUGCAGCUGUUGGAGCUCCUCAGUUUAUGUUCUCACUAUCUCAUCCAGGAAUUAAAUAGCUUUAAUUACUUGGACCUGUAUAAGCUCGCUGACCUCUUCAACCUCACUUUGCUGGAGAAGGCAGUGGUUGACUUCUUAGUUAAACACCUCUCUGAGCUGUUGAAGAGUCACCCGGAGGAAGUCCUGACUCUCCCAUACUGUCUCCUUCGAGAGGUCCUGAAGAGCGACCGACUCACUUCCCUUAGCGAAGAGCAAAUCUGGCAGCUAGCUGUGAGGUGGUUGGAACACAACUGCCGCUAUCAGUACAUGGAUGAACUUCUCCAGUAUGUCCGCUUUGGCCUUAUGGAUGUGGAUACACUACAUACUGUAGCCCUUUCUCAUCCUCUUGUCCAAGCUAGUGAAACUGCGACAGCACUUAUUAAUGAGGCCUUGACAUACCACCAGAGCAUCUAUGCACAGCCAGUUUGGCAGACCAAACGGACGAAACCUCGCUUCCAGUCGGACACUCUUUACAUUAUCGGUGGGAAAAAACGUGAGAUUUGUAAAGUAAAAGAACUCCGGUACUUCAAUCCAGUAGAUCAGGAGAAUGUUCACAUAGCGGGGAUUGCAAACUGGAGUGAACUGGCUCCCAUGCCUGUUGGGAGAAGUCACCACUGUGUAGCUGUCAUGGGAGACUUUCUGUUUGUAGCUGGUGGAGAGGUUGAGCAUGCCACAGGCCGCACUUGUGCGGUAAGGACUGCCUGUCGGUAUGACCCCCGUAGUAACUCUUGGGCUGAGAUAGCUCCAAUGAAGAACUGCCGGGAACAUUUUGUAUUGGGAGCUGUGGAUGAGAACCUCUAUGCGGUAGGGGGACGAAAUGAACUGCGUCAAGUUUUGCCUACAGUCGAGCGGUAUUGUCCCAAGAAGAACAAGUGGGCCUUUGUUCAGUCCUUUGACAGAUCCCUUUCAUGUCAUGCAGGAUCUGUGGUGGAUGGACUUCUUUGGAUAUCAGGAGGAGUAACAAAUACUGCACAAUACCAGAACAGGCUAAUGGUAUAUGAUCCUAAGCAGAAUAAGUGGAUAAGCCGAAGCCCCAUGUUACAGAGGAGAGUGUACCAUUCCAUGGCUGCUGUCCAAAGGAGACUUUAUGUUUUAGGCGGGAAUGAUUUGGACUACAAUAAUGAUCGGAUUCUUGUACGCCACAUAGACUCUUAUAACAUAGACACUGACCAAUGGACGCGCUGCAGCUUCAACAUGUUGACAGGUCAGAAUGAAUCUGGCGUUGCUGUCCACAAUGGAAGAAUAUAUUUAGUUGGCGGCUAUUCUAUUUGGACAAAUGAGCCUUUGGCAUGUAUCCAGAUAAUCAUUUUAGGGUUCCAAAAAAAAGGAAUCUGCAGUUUGGCAUGGCAUAUUGGACAGUUGUUCUAUACCAAAGUGUGAUGGAUCAGAGGAGAUCAGUAUCCUGAAUUCAGUAAUAGAGGAAAUAUAUUAAAAAGGAUAAGAGGGAGAAUAGGAAAUUACCACUUCAGUCAGAAUGGGAGAUCUCCUUGAUAUUCAGGAACCUGAGACUUGCUUGCUUGCUCGCUCCCUCCCUCCCCCCAGGACAACAGAGAUGAGGAACCUGAAAGACCCAAAAGGGUUUCAAUACAAGAGCAAGCGAAGUUUGGCUGAGGGGCAAACAAGGAUCGAAUGGCAUGGCACCUAAGAAUAUAAGAGCGGCCAUACUGGCUCAGACCAAUGGUCCAUCUAGCCCAGUAUCCUGUCUUCCGAAAGUGGCCAAUGCCAGGUGCUUCAGAGGGAAUGAACACAACAGAUCAUUCCCACUCUGAAUGAGAAGGAAGCAGUCAGGCCAUUCUAUCCUGAUCAAAACUAAGAACAGGAACUAUCAACUAUCACCAACAGUACUACUGUCUUUUUUCUCUCUGUUUUUCCUCCCCCCCCCCCCCAAAAAAAGUACUCAAUAUAUUUAUCCUUCCUUCCACCCCAAUUUAUUUGGGAUAAUACUAAUUUGCAAGGCUGAUUUUCUUCUUUUAUAAAUUUGGAGCUGUACUCAACCCUGGGUUAUGUUGGGUUCCUGGUCUUGGCAGAAAGUCAUCCUACAGAGGAUCCUGGCAGUACAAAACUUAGCCAGCUCAUGCUUCAAGAGGGGGCCUAACGCUGGCUAACACAGUUGCAAACUGGAUGGUACUGGCUGGGAAUGUGCCUCUACCACUCUCUGCAGUGUAAUAAACCUACCUACUUGAAUGAAAAGUGCUCAGGAGAAGCAACUCAAUGUCACAUACUUCAGUGCUCUUGGUUCUUUGAAAUACUUGAAGGAUGAAAGCCAGAACUGAGGCCAGGCGAGGAGGAGGGGCGUUACCUUUGAACUGGAGGAAACAUCCACCAGAUUUCCAAGGACAAAGUAUCCAGAACAGUGUGACCUUGAAAACAGGCCUCCAAAAUAUUUUAAGAAUUCUUAGUCAAUUAUUUUAUUUCUUACAUGCUUUCUGGUUGAUUAAAACCCUAAGAACUUUAACUAUUCACAGUCAAUAUGGUUUGAAGUUAUAUUAACACAGUUGCUACUACUUCAUCUUUGCCAACAUUAUAUUGCAAAGGGACAGACAACCUCUACCUCUGCUCAGCCAGAAUAAAUACAGCAGGCUCAAAUAUAACAUGGGUCACAAAGACAACUGGUAACUGACACCCUAGGGCAGGAAUGAAUUUUGACAUCAAGCACAUUUUAAGUGUUCCAACUUGAUGACCUCAGUUAUUGUUUUUCACCAAGAGGAUGCAAGAAUCUGAACCAUAGUUAGUCUGAAAUUAGGAAUCAGUUUAUUGAAAUAUAAAGACAACCCUUUGAUUUUAUGAGCUCAAGAGAAAAUAUAUGUAGUACAAUAACAUAACAUUGCAUUUCCUCAUCAGGUAAUACAAUAACUUAUGGAGCAUGCAAAAUAACUUUCCAGGUAUCUAACACUAGCUUAAAAAAAAAUAUUGCCCAUGAGGAAUAAGGCCUGCUUUACAUUGGUAUAGCCACGUCUCUCAGGGGUAUGAAAAAUCUACACCUGAGAAACGUAGCUAUAUCAACAUAAUCGCCAGUAUAGACAGCACUAGAAUUCUUCCCUUGACCUAGCUACCGCCUCUUGGGGAGGUGGAGUGCCUGCGCUGAUAGGAGAACCCAUGGAGACAGUGUGUACACUGAAGUGGUGCAGCUGCACCGCUGUAGCAUGUUAAGUGUAGACAUGUCCUAAGAAUAAAUCAGUUAAUAAGUGCAACAUUACAAAAAGUUCCAGUGAAACUGAGUACAAGGCAUUACAGUACAUGCUCCUCUGGAUCUGUCAGCCUGUGCAAUGUUAAUUUGUCCCCCUCCCCGGUGUGUAUGCAUGAUGAUACAGUGUUUGUUUAUACAAUCACAUACUACUUUUCCUCCAGCCCCUGUUCCCAUCCCCGUUGGCUCCCAGUCACAAUCUUACUCCCCAGGCUCCUCAACUUGUCUCAGGUCUGGUCUACACUAGGAAAUUAGGUCAGUAUAACUACUUUGCUCCAGGGUGUGAAAAAUCCACAUACGUGAACAAUGCAGUUAAACCGGCCUAACCACCCAGUGUAGAAAGCACUAGGUUGACAGGAGAAUUCUCCCAGCAACCUACCUACCCGCCUCCCGGGGAGGUGGAUUACCUACGCCGACGGGAGAACCCCUUCGUCUUCACUGAAGCGCUAUAGCCAACUAGCUGCAGUAAUGCUGCUGAAAUGGUUUACAUGUAGACAAGCCCUUAGUCUACCUUGCUCCAACUCUUCCCUGCUUCAUCUCAGCUAGAGCUGGUCAGGAAUUUUUCAAUGAAAUGGGUUAAAUCACAAAAUGCUGAUUCCUUGAAACCAAAACUUUUAGUGGGAACUUAUCAGUUUUGACAAAACUUUUGUUGGGAAUGUUUCUCAGGUGCAGGAUGGAAUUUCUGGUCAAACCCAGAGAAAAAGCGUUCCUCCACAGAAUAACCAAUAGUCCAAUGGUUAGAGAACUCAGGAAUGUAGGAGACCCAGGUUCAAGUAACUGCUCUGUCUGAUUUAAAACAUGGACUUACACUUGGUUCUCCCACAUUCCAGGUGAGUGCCCUAACCACCAGGCUAUUAGGUAUUCUGGGGUGGAUGGUGGGGGUCUUUCUCUGUUUUUUUUGCCAAAUAAAUAAAUAAAAAUUAAAAAGAAAUUUAAAAUCUCUGUUUUGGAACAGGAAAAUUUUUGAAAUCUCAAAAAUGUUAAUAGGCCCGGAAAACUGUUUCCCACCCACCUCUACUCCCAGUCGCCACUCUCCCUGGUUCCUUGCCCAACCAGUCCCAGACGCUCCCUGGGUCUGAUCUCAAGCCCUCAACCCACCGGCUCCCAGUCCCCAUCUCCCCUACCUGCCUCCCAGUUUCUUUGUCCAGCAAGCCCCAGUCUUUCCUACUCCAACCCAUUGUUCCAGUUUCCCCUCUCCUACCAUCCUUCUUUUUCUCUCCUACAUCAAAGCUCCUUGUUCUAAUCUAUUCCCUAUGCCUGCCAGUCUGGCUCUUACCUCUCUGCUAUAGAAUCAACCAGCUUUUUCCUCCAUGCUGUCUGAGCCAGUGGGAAGGUACUGAGAACACGAGACAGGAUCUCUGUUCCAGUGUCCAUAAGUAGUCCAGAGCAGCAAUCACAAGGAAAGUCAUGCUCAGCCCCAGGAUGGAUGGAAUCUUUGGGGAAUUUAGCUGUCUAGCAAGUUUCUACUGAGCAUGUGUGAACUGUGAUUUUCCAAUUGCUUAUAAUUUAGCCAAAUUUGGGGAGAUUUUUUCUGACAAAAAAGCCACCCUAGUGCCAAAGUUCAAGUCCCGUCUCCAAAGUAUAGAGGCAUUAGAGUGUCUCAAAGAAAAGGUCACCAGAAUUUUUUUAAAUGGGCAAGCCAAUGUAUUUUUCCCUAGCCUCAUUCUCGGAUUUUUCUGAAAUUUUCCAGAUAUAUUUAACCUGAGGCAAAAACCCAGCAUGUAAAAUUUCAGCCCAAAAGUUAAAAUUUGGCAAACUUAUAAGCAACUGGAAACAGGGUCUUAUAAUGGAAAGUGUCAAACAACCUUAAUAAUAGGCAGUGCUAGUAGACUUAUCUAUAAUAAUAAAUAAUAGAUUAUAACACCACCACCUUCACUAAACACUUAUAAAGUGCUUUUCAUUGGUAGAUCUCAAAGCACUUUACAGAGGUGGGUGGAAAUAUUAUGCCAACAUUACCUAUUAAGUAACUGAGGCAUUGAGUGGUGAAGUGAUUUGCCCACAGUUAGAGUCAACAGCAGUGCUCUAAGUAGAUCCUGAUCUUCUGCCUCCCAGUCCAAUGCCCCAUCAAUGAGCCAGACUACCUCUGAUAUUAUCUGUCACAUUAAUUAGAGGUUACAAUACAGUAUCUAGUUUCUCAAGGAUUUGAUUGAGGGAAGUAGGCAGUAAGUUUAUUUGGUGUUUGGGGAAGAGUACUUUAAGAUAGUUUUGUGGUGUUUUAAUUGUUAAAUUCAAGCUGCUGCGCAUGUGCUCAGAGGCUAAGAAGGGUAAAUUUUAAAUGAAUAAAUAAUGGCCCCAAUGCAAGACAUUUGCCUUCUCUUCUGUUCUUAAUCGUGUCUGCUCCCAGUUCACAAGGACCAGGAUCUCUGAUGAACUAUUCAACGGAGUCCUGAACCGAGGUUCAUUUCAGAGUCUCUAUUCUCCCUGCUGUUUUCCAGCCUGCACAUUCAGGAAGUAAUAGACCAAAAAUAAAAAUAUUUGCACUGCUUUAUCUUUUUCCCACUUCAACCUCAUUUAAAAUAAAACUGAAAUAAACCAACAUAAUAAUGUACUUGACAUGAACUCUUUUCACACAGAAGUCACUAAAAAUGUAAAUCCUGUAGACAUUCCAUUCAUCGCCUGUUUAUUCAUCUAACAAAAAACAAAAACAAAACAAAAAAAAGACAUGCCACCUGAAAAUUAUGCUCUUAGCUGGUCUGUAUAAUCCGUGUUCUCAUUACAAUUAUCCUCAUUUCCCCCACCUUCUGAUGUUUGCUACAGGCAACUAUUGCAUCUUGACUUAAUUUAGAUUAAAAGCUCUUUGGAGCAGGGACUGUCUCUUAUGUGUUUGUACAAUUCGCAGCACAUGGGGCCCAGAUCCAGACUGAAGGCUGUGUGUGCUCUACUCCAAUAUAAACAAUAAUAAUAAUUAAUACCAUUGUUCCCCCAUGGCUUAUUUGGGAAGAAGUUAAGUCUAGAUAUCUACAAACUGGCUUACUCCUUUUUCAGGCCUUACUUUAUGACAUGCGCAGUGGUCUUCCGCAGAUGUAAGGUCUGUGGGAUGGUAAUAGAAUUGCAUAAUGCCAGCAGCAUGGGAUGCUGUCCAGUUCCUGGAGAAGAUGGUGAAGGAGGGAGAAAGCGCCCAAAAUACUGCUGAAUAACGCUUCCUAGCAGUUGGUUCAAAUAGGCACCUUGAGUUUGGGACUGACAGCAUAUAAAGGACAAGCCCUGUGGAAAGUAAAAAAAAAUUAACAAGUAUAAAUAUAAAAAAGUGUCCAACAUCCUCCUAACUGCAACAGUUUCUGAUGCCUAAAGCUGUGUGUGAGCUAUUGCUGCAUGCAGAAUGGUAACUGUGGCUCACACGUUCACUGCAUAACAGCAUCUGAUGAAGAGGGUUUUAGCCCACGUAAGCUUAUGCCCAAAUAAAUUUGUUAGUCUCUAAGAUGCCACAAGGACUCCUUGUUGUUUUUGCUGAUACAGACUAACAUGGCUACCACUCUGAAACCUGCAUAACUAGGGAAUGUCAAUGCUUUGUAAAGCACAUUGUGAUACUGGAGUACGAAAGGCACCAAGCGAAGUUAAAUAUUGUUCCUAUUAAUGCCAUAAUAGAAAAAGUAACUCUGAGAAUAAAGAUCUGAUAGGAGAGUGUUGGGUAUGACAUGAAACAAGUUUGUUUGAGUUAGACACCAGCUAUACUGGAUUUUUGGGUAGGGGGAUAGGGAGGUUGUUGCACCAGUUUAAGGCAACGCUUCCUUCAGCGCAACUUAUCCUGGGUAUAUCACUUUCUGUUUUGCACUGGUACAGGCUAUCUAUUGGUAUACCUACAAUGUUUAAUUACACUGGUGCAGGUACCCCUAAUCUGGACAAGUCCUUAGAAGUGAAAACAAACAGCGGAGAGAUGGGAACAUCAAUGGAAAACCAAUUCUGAGAGAGGCCUCCGAUCACUACUGUAAUAGUGAGUUUAUAUUUGCUGCAGGAUGGCCAAAGUUCUGUUUUCCUACAAUUUUGAGUUUCCUUGUGAGACAAUCCUUCAGGAUAGGAUUAUAGCAAGGACUGGGCUGUCACUUCUUCCAUAGUGCUUCUACAGCAACCAAGUGUAAAUGACACCAUCCUGGCCUCUACACAGGGAAGGAACUGGUCAUUUUCUCCUAAUGGGGGCACUAAGGUUGAUGAAAUAGGGCUGCAAAGGUGUUUUUCCUUACCUGUUCUACUCAAAUGAUCAUGUUGAUUCUAUAACAGUUAUAUACAAGGUGUACCCCUAUCUUAUACCAACUCAAGAAGAUACAUACUGAAACUGACCAGGAUCACAUCAAUUUCAUUUUGUCCUGGCAAUAAGCUAGUUAUAAAUUUGACUGCUAAAAUUAUAUCAGUGGCAGAGGCAUAUGUGAGAAUGAAGAAAAUAUUGUAUACAACCUACAUUUAUAUAGGGGAAGAGCCAAAUUCACACUGCAGUGUUCUGGUUCUAUAGUCUAGAUAAGUUUUAAUAUUUUUCAGCUUCCAAAAUCUGCUCUGUUAUUUUUGGCACAGCAUAUUCUUCAAAUCUGAUUUUAUAUUCUAAAUUUUGCAGACAGCUGGUCACAAAUAGUAAAAACUGAAAAAUGUUGAAAUUUCAAAGUUGUUUUUAUUUCAGUGUCACUUUUUUAAAAAUUGAGUUUAAACAAAACCUAUUGAAAUAUUAUUUACCAGAACCCAAGACAAAAAAUGGUAAAUGAUAUCUUGAUUAUUAUUUUUUAAUACAAAAAAUGAAACAAUUCAAUGUAAACAACUUUUGGUGAAAAUGUUUAAUUUUUGAAAAAGGCUAUUUUUUUUCAAUGAAAAAUUAUACCAGCUCUAAUUUUGGAUGUAAAAUAUACACACCUACACACGCAAAAAUUAAAAGCAGAAAAAAGAAAUUAAAAGUCAUUUCAGUGGCAAGUAUCCGAACAAAGUUAGCUCCCUAAAGAAGCUCAUGAUGGUGGUGUCAAGACACUAUACAAUAAUUCAUUAUUGCUUCUUUUCUUGCUGCCUCUUUCCUCGUGGUGGUUUAUUUUACAGAGUAAGGUGAAAAAUCAUUAGACAUACGUAAAAAAAAUUGUAGCAGAUUGCUUUUUUACGUUGGUCAUGUUGUAACCAAAAUCCACUAAAAAACACAAUGAAUAAACUAGGCAGCAAAUGUCUGCCCAAUGAGUGAGCUGAAUAAUGUCUUAGGGAAAUUAAUAUAUAUUAUUAAUAAUAUAUUAAUAUAUGUGAAGGAAAAAAAAUCCCCUACCUGUGUAAUAGGUUUCUGUGAGAGUAGUUCCAUCACAAUAGGUGCUCCUCCCUUCACUGGUGACUGACAGGAAGGAUGAGUUAGAGGGGGAAAAAAGAUAGCCCUAUCCUGUCACAAAGUGUCAUAAUGGAGAGUGCACUCAGAAACCAGAAAAAGAAACUUCCUUGGAAUUCACACACUAAUAGGUUGAUCAAACAAACUUCUUGACAUUUUCUGGAACUGAGAGUCAUUUUUCUGGAGAACAGAUGUUUUGGUUCCAUUCUCAGGGAAGAGAGAAAUCCAGAAACUCAAAAACCAAGGAGCUUAAGGACCUGUCUGACAGAUAGAUGUUGCCUGAGGAUAACUCAAACACCACUGAAAGAAUGUUUUAAGUGUAUCUUAUGUGAAAUACAUGCAGGUUGUUAUUGAAGUUUAUUUAUUAUGGUCUUGUAUCUUCUGAUGAGAUACUGCACUAGAUGUACAUGGAAGAUUGCUUCUUGUGGCACAGCUGUUAAUAAGACUUAAGAGAUUCCAUAUUGAAUUCCCUUUAUUCCAAAAACUAGCACAGCUACCUGCAAUCUAAGAUUACUCUCAAGUCUCCUGAAUGCUUCAACAUUAGAAACAGGAGAGAAAAGACAUUCAUCUAGCUGAGCUGAGGGACAGGAAGACCACCACAUAACUUGGGAGUAUAGGAUACACUUGUUUACAGCUUCUCCUUUCCACAGGCUGAAGAAAUAAUAAUAUUAGCAACAUUUAUUAUUAUUAUUAAAGGAUUAGAUGAGGGAACGCUCCUUGAGCUUGAGAGAAACAAGGCAAAUUCUCAGAGCAGCCAGGUGAAAAGACAAAAAUAAUCCACUUGGCUGAUGGUAUGUUUUCUUAUUCUUAGGAAAUGGGUAAUUCUGCUUCUAAACAUAUUUAGCCAUCCUAACGAAGACAAUACCAAAAAGUGUGCCUUUACUGAAUGACAGGGAUGGAAGCGAUUGUUUGUUCUGAAGUUCAGUGACAUACUCCACUGGCUAAAAAUUUAACAAAAAUGUUGACAAAGUUGAAGUAGCAUCACGGAUUCUAGGUCAUCAGUAGCCAAAAUAAUAUGAUGCAUCUUCUGAAGAAAGGAAAAAAAAGUCUCCUGAGGAGAAGUGCAUGCCAGCAUCAUCUCCUCACUUAAGCAGAGUGGCAAUAGAUUUUUGUGUGCACUAACAGCAGGGACAAUUUGUGCCAGGAAAUGCUUCUUUCUUCUGAUUCAUCUAUCUAUCUGUCAAUCACCUAUGAAGAGAGAAGGACCUUUUAGUAUGGACUGCUGGUACUAUUCACUGCAGAAACACCAAACUGUCUUAUGAUGACAUAUAAUGUCAGUCCUGCUGAUGGAAUAAAUCUGUUCACCAAUUAAUGUUGUACAGUGCCUAUUAAAUACAUGCUAUAAUUCA